AUGGGAAGAAGAAAGAGAAGCCCGUCCAACAACAAUCACAACCAGAACUUCGAAGUACCGAAACUCGGAGCAGAUGCAAACACAAUCAAUGGUGAACAAUCACAAUCAGAUGAAACUGCAGAGCCCGUCGAUCCCGAUGAUAGUAGCAAACUGCCUCCGAAUAUAUCCAUCAGAAAUAGCACAACUAGUACCACUAGUACCACUAGAACCACCAGAACAACUAGAACCACAGCCACGUACUAUGACAAAGAUGCGGACAAGGCUGCGAAACUAGACAUCGAUAUCUCGGUCGCUAGAGCCUUCGCAGCAACUCCGUUCCCGAGAACCUCUGGAAGGCCCGCCCAGAACAGCAACAGCUCUUUCUCCUCGUCCUCCUCGUCCUCGUCCUCGUCCACGCCGUCUUUCUCUUCGUCGUCCCCGCUGUCUUACUUGUCGCCCUCGAGCUCAGUGACCACUGCCAAUGUGCAACCGUCCACCGGCGCCACUCCGCAGUACUUGAAACCCUCCAGCGCGCCUUGCGGUGUGCUGUCCAUGUCGUCCUUGAUGCGUAAGCACACCAGUGCCAGCUACAACGUCUCCCAGACCACCGCAACAGGCACCACCCACUACGCGAAAACUGUCUCCAAGUCUAGACUGUCCUCCAGCCUGGCCACAGAGAACCCCGCCACCAGAAGCACUUUGCUGAACACACCUCCACCUCACCUGCUCUUGAAGCGCUACCCUAGCGACAACUCCUCCUCCGAUAUCCUGGACGUAGACCUCGUUAUCGAGAAGUUGCUCAAGAUGGGUACCCAGCCCAACGGCACCGCACCGACCACCACAAAGUCCAAGCGAGACUUCCCCUUCAGAUCAUGGGAGAUCCAAUUGAUCUGCUCGCACGCUCGAGAGAUCUUCCUGGAAGAACCCAGUCUUUUGCGGUUGCAAGCACCAAUCAAGGUGGUCGGCGACGUGCACGGUCAAUUCAACGACCUGCUGAGAAUCUUGAAGCUGAGUGGUGCACCACCUGACACCAAUUACUUGUUCCUAGGUGACUACGUCGAUCGUGGUAAACAAUCCCUUGAAACCAUCCUCCUGUUGCUUUGUUAUAAGUUGAAGUACAGAAACAACUUCUUCAUGCUUAGAGGUAACCACGAGUCCGCAAACGUUACAAAGAUUUACGGGUUUUACGACGAAUGUAAGAGACGUAUGGGCUCCAAGUCCUGGAGAUUCUUCGUGGAUGUGUUCAACACUUUGCCCAUCGCAGCUACCAUUCAGGACAGGAUCUUCUGUGUCCAUGGUGGUGUAUCGCCCGAGCUUAAGGAAUUGAACCAGAUCAACCAGAUUAUGAGACCAACAGAUAUCCCAGACCAAGGGCUCCUGACAGACUUGUUAUGGAGUGACCCCGAUCCACAGAUUCAGGACUGGUCCCUAAACGAUCGAGGUGUCUCUUACACAUUCUCUAAACGUAAUGUCUACGAUAUCUGUUCGAGGUUCAAGUUUGAUUUGAUCAUCCGUGGACACAUGGUUGUAGAGGACGGCUACGAGUUCUUUGCCAAGAAGAAACUGGUAACUGUUUUCUCCGCACCUAACUACUGUGGUGAGUUCCAAAACUGGGGAGCUGUCAUGAGUGUCACAACAGGUCUGAUGUGUAGCUUCGAGCUUUUGAAGCCACAUUCACUAAAGAACAAGAAGACUAGAAAGACAAGGCGAUGA